AUGCGUGUCGAUUUAUAUGACGACAGUGAAUCCCCCGAGCUGACGGGUAUCGUCAUCGCGCACCUGCUUGCUGAACCAAAGGAGAAGCUGUUGGCACGAUCCGGUCGCGUGAUCUUCGUGGCGGACACCGCGCUGGCGAUGGGCAUCCGGGAUAUUGAUGGCAAUCCGCCCAUCAGCCUGCGUUCACUACGCUUUCUCGUGGAAGCUACUGGCCGAACCAGGCUCUCCCAUCUGGUCCCCGAAUUUAUGCGCCUGCCAUAUUCAGCUUUCAACCAAAUAGGUUCCAAAUUCUAG